AUGAAAUCAAAAAAAAAUAAAAAGAAUAAAACGCUUUCAGGUGCUGAAAAAAAUAAACAAAAUGAAAGAAAUAAGACUCCUCAAGACCCAGAAGAUAAUGAACAAUUGGUAAAUCAACCCGAAUCUUCUGAUAGAGGAAUCGAGCCUGCUGCUACUCUUGUAGAUAGUAAUAUUGCAAUAAAUAAUCAAAAUAAUCCUCUUGAAAAUGCUGCCAGUUCGAGUACUAACGAUACUUUAGCGUCACGAAUGGACACUGAAGAUCAAGAUCCCUUCAAUGAUCAACAAGAUCUUGAAGGUCAUGAUGAACAAGGUACUGGAGAGCAUCAGUCGAAUGAUGAUCCGAAUGCCGAAAAUUUUCGGUCGAAUGAUGAACAAGGUAAUCAAAAUAGCGAAGAUCAUCAGUCGAAUGAUGAAAAACAAGAUGAUGACGAGAGUGAUGAGAGUGAUGGUACCAAUACCGAUAUCAAUAACAACCAUAAUAAUGGGUCAUAUAAUCCAUCAAAUAAUGAUCAAAAUAAACAGCCUGACACUAUUUACAAAAGUACAUUUAAACGAUCUAAUGUUCAUCAGAGUAACGCUGAAUCAAAGCAGGUGCAAAAAUCACCUCAAAAUCUUGAAGAAAAUUUCAUAGUUACUUUUCAUGUCCAUAUGCCUCCAAAUCUAUCUAAGAAUAGCACACCUAUUGUACUUGGCGAUAUUCCUGAAUUGGGAGAAUGGAAAACACCACUUGUGAAGCUUCAUCGUUUCGCCGGUGACAAUAUCGAUUACUGGAUUUCGGAUCCCAUCAAAAUUCCUGCGUCCUAUGUAAAUAAAAACAUAUUUUAUAAAUAUGCUAUAUGGAAUCCACCUUCAUAUCUUUCAUGGCCAAAAAAAGAAAUUACUUUUGAAGGCUAUGGUGAAUUCGAUAACAGAGAGUUAAUUAUAAAACAAGAUUUUUAUGAUAUUUGGAAAUCAAGUCGGGAUUAUUCUUUGAACACUCUUAAAGAAUGUUAUUUUGUCAAAGAUCUUUACAUGUCAUUGAACGCGGAUAAUUUAAAAGACAUGAUAUUAGAAUAUCAAUCUUUACGAAAGAAACAUCUUAUGGCAAUGAAUUCCGCUACUAAUUUGCAUUUCAUAAGCGAGAGUGCAAUGGACGCCGAUUCGUUCAAUCAAAAGAUAUUCCUAUGUCUACUUUUAGGCUAUCACAUAGAAGAGUAUGAGAAUAAGAGAUUUGAUCAAGUUCGGCUUCCGGAAGUUUUUCCUUCUGUACCUUUGCUCGAAGGUAUUUGUGCUAUUAGAUCAAAUACCUUACCUUCGAAUACAACGCGGUUUCUUAGACUUGCAAUCACGGCUCUAGUAAGACACAAUUCAUCACCAAAUUUUACGGGAUUUGAGUGGAUGAAUUUAUUUUCUGUGGCGCCUGAAAUAGAUCCCGCGUACGAAUUUUUAGAUCAUAUACAAAAAUGGGAUGAAGCUGCUGCUUCAUUACUUAAAACCCCCUUGAAAGAAAUUGUAUUGCCAGAAAUUGAUAAAAUAACAUCAACCAUCCGUUAUUUGUAUAUAAUUAAGAAACUUUUCGGACUUACUGCCACCAUCGACAUGCUUUCCUUUUUAUGGGAAGAUAUCGUUUGGGAUAAAGUCAAAGAAGAUCCGCUUCUUUACUCAGAACUUCAUGAUCAAAUGCGCGAACAUUUUUAUAAGUUGAUUGCCUCGAAAAAUGCAGUGAGCUUGUAUGUGUGUCUCGAUACAAUGCCAUCUGGAUUUAAUCUAAUAGUGGCGAGAAAGAUACGAGAGAAAGUUCUUAAUCUGUUAUAUAAUCAAAGAAAUAAAUGGAACAAGAAGAAUGUUGAAUAUAUUUCUAAAUUAUUAUCUGAAAAAAGGCUCUUUUGGACGAGUGAUGAUGCUAUUCAAGCCUUGGAUUUCGUCAGUAAAGCUCAAGAUCUACUUUUACUAAAUGAUUUCCCGAAAUUUUUGCAGAAUGUGAUAGAAUCUAAUAAAGAUCGAAAUUUCUGGAGGAAAACAUCAACAAUUUGCAUUCAUUGGUAUCAACACAUACUCGCCCUCGUUUGUGGCGAUAAUGCGGGAUAUCAGCUUGUCAAUGAUAUUUUUAAUUAUCUAUCACAAAUAUACCCUAUUAUCGCUGAAAAUGAUUCAUUAUUUGAACAAUUACAACGAACUGCAGUCAAGCAGGUUGAAAAAUUUACUGAUGAACUUGUAUUCAAAUCCACCUCUUCAAUUGGACGUAAUUUUAAUCCAAAGAUUGUAGAAUGUUUUGAGCAAGUGAUCAAGAAGCGUUUGGAUAAUGUUGUUCAAAACACCGACGUAAAACUAAUGAAACAUAUAAGGAAUAUUUGUGAUACUAAUUCAAGUCAGAAAUUAAAUGUUCCUAAUAAAUUAUGCGAGGAGAUACUAUCUUGUAUAAUGACCCGAUUGCAGAAGAAAAAUUCUUUGUUAUUGGCUGAGGACAUUGCCACUGAUGAUCUUCAUGUCGCUUUACUCGACUCUUCUGACUUUUGGGUGAUGAUUUUGCAAGCUUCUGGCUCAGUGAAACGCCUACGUUCCCAUGUUUACAUACAAAAAGUUUUAAAUGCUAUUAUUCGUCUCAUCACACUUAUCAGAGAGGACACCAUUAAUUUUAAUCUGCUUCGGAAUGUGCUAAAACAUCCAAAUCAAAAAUUGCUUCGUUAUUUUGGAGCUUGCAACAAAGAAUUUGAUAUUACUGAAAAACGUCUUAAAACACUUCGCGAAGAUUGUUCAGCAUAUGAAAGUAAAUUGAAGCAUUUAAACAACUUUUAUACUCAUUUUUGCGCCGAUAAAAGAUUGACCGACACCCAAGAAUAUAACAAUGAUAUUGAGAUACGGAUGCGAUCACUUGAUAAAAUAUCAUUGGGUGAAGCGCUAUCGCCGGAUCAUUGGGAUAAACACGAACCAAUUAUUGAUGUUGCGGAACAAUCCUAUACUUUUACAAAGUCGCAGACUUUUGCCAAUGUUUUCGAAGAUUGCUUGGAAGAAGAAGCUCGUGAUUUGUCAGUUUUGGAGAUAGCAAACUAUGUUAUGCCAGCCACAUUCAUCGCAUUUGACGAAUUAAUUAAAAUGUGUAAUAACUGGAAGAAGAUGAAAAUUUCAGUUGCUCUCAAACUAUGGAAAAAUACAAAAAAUGUCACUGAGGAAUUAGCAUUCUUAGUAGAAUGCAGACGCUUGAACAUAAACAGGGAAUUUGAGAAAGGAGUAUUGAACCUCGUAGCUAUUCCAAUGUGGAUUUCUCGACUUGAACAAUUAGGGAAAGCCGCAGAAAUAUUUAAAGUUGCAGAUAAUAAAAAAAGACUCCCUAGGCUAUUACAAGAUCUUCGCGAUCAAGAGAGAUUGUUAGAAAACUUAUCACAGACUUUUAAUGAAUUAAACAAACAGUAUGGUUCCAUGAAAGACGGUUGCUGGUCUUUAAUCAAAGAGCUUUCGAAUGCUGGAGAUUUUAUUCUUUUUUUACAAUCUGUCGCAGAACAUGAUCUAAAAAAUUUAAUUAAUGCCGUAGAUGAUCAUUCAGACGAGCGGUUGAUACAAGAAGACACCGUGUCUUCUUUAAUUCAAGCCAAGCAAUUUUUGCUUCCAGUCAUGAGCCGUGGAAUGACAAGCAUUAAUGCUUUCACCGAGAAAUUAUCAGAAAUUUCAAAAAAGAAUCCUACACUCUCGAAAAAAAUUGCCCUUUGCAAUGCACACAAUCUUGCAUUAAAAAACAUGUGCAAUAAUAUUCUUAGCAAAGGAGAAGUAACAAAAAAGCGGAUCAAAAAUGCAGUUACAAUAGGAACUUAUGUAUUUCGACGCCCAGAAAAAGAGGACAAGUGUGAUGUAUUAUUAACUUACCCAUCACAGGCAGAACUCGUCGAAUAUACCCUUAAUGAUUUACUGGAUUUGCGAGGCCGUGCUUUGUUAAUCGCAAAGUCAUCGAAUUCGGUUCAACUUAUGGAGAUUGAUGGCGAGGAAGAGGAUGAUCACGAAGAAAAAUAUAAUAAUGAUUUUGUUCAUCACGUAGAUCUUGCACAGCAAAUUCUGAAUGUCGCAUCAAAACUAAUGCAAUUAGGACACUAUUCUUAUCGAAAGUUUGAAGAAAAGGCUGCAAAUGAAGAAGAGAUGGACGAAUUGCUUGAGAACCUGAAGCAUGACUUGAAUGAAUGGGAAACUACCAUUGAUCGAAUUCAAAAAGAAUACUAUUACUUGACAUUUUAUCCAGCACGUCAUAUUUUGACAUUCUUUGAUUAUUUUAUUGGGAAUUCUAAGAAUAAUCCUGAAAAUAAAAAGAAUUGCGAAACUCUCUUGGCGUAUGUCAAUAAACAAGCCAAAUUACCACCAGCAACCAAUUAUAAUAAGUUUAAUUUCAAGAAGGAACCUUAUGAGAGGAUCCUUAGAGAAAUCGGCAAAAUAUUGCACAAUAUAAUUGAAAACACGCCAAAAAGAAUUCGAAAAAUUUCUGCCUUAAUCGAAUAUGUUCCCUCUGAUGUGGUUAACUCUGGCAAAUUAUUUGUUGCUUCUUGCGAAAAAGAACGAUUGGAAAAUACAAUCAUGUCAAUUUUCGCUAAUCACGGAACUUAUCCGGAACCUUGGCAGAUACUUAUAUGUCGUUCUUCUACAACUUCAGAAGAACUUUCUCUUUUUACAAAAAGAUGUUUUUGGGCUGCGAACAAUGGAUAUGCCAAUUUGGAAGUACUUGAUUUUGAGCUCCAAUAUAGUCUGGUGAAUGAUAUUAGAUUGUUAUGCAGGAAAAGGGAGCAAUAUAAUUUGGCAUUGAUUUGUUGCAGAGAAUCCGAAAUUCAUCACCACAUUCUCGACCAGUUCCGGGAACAUGUUCAUGCCACUAAGGGUCUCGAUGUUCAGUCAAUGAGAAAUAUUUACGCAGAGUUAUGUCCAAAAGUGAUGUGUGUUUCUUCAGAUUUAUCUGGACAAGGCAAAACUGAAUGGAUCCGUCAAACAAGUAUGAAAAAAGGUUUAAUGCCACGAACCUUUCUAGUUAGUGAUGGAAUUCAGUUUGGGAAUCUUGUGCGUCAGUUGAAGGAAAGCAACUUAAACAAGUAUGAAAGUUUGCAUUUAAAUAUUUUAUCCAUUCAACAUCCCGGUGAAGUGAAUAUGUUCUUCUUUGAAUUGUUAACAUUGGGCAUGGUCUCAAACGAGGUGGAUAUUGCAGAAUUACCAGAUACACCAAUAUUCAUAGAGGUCUCGUCUACUGUGGAUCAAUAUCUUCUUAACUCGCUUCCACUCACUAGAUAUCUCUCACAUCAUCAUCUGACCUGGGAUAAUACUCGAUUCAUUCCAUCAUAUGAGCUUACAAGCCCGAUCCAGGUGGUGGCUCGAUAUCUUGAUGCAUAUGAUCUUGGAUUUCUUGAUCAAACGGACAUUUCAGUCAAUGUAGGAACCCCAAUACAAGCCAAUCGUUGCAAAGAAUUAAUCGAACAGUACUUUUUAGAUGAUGAUGCUGAAAGUAUGUCUUCGUAUCGGUUUAUCGAGAUUUUUGUCAAUGUGCUAGCUGAUCAGUUGAUCCGUAUGUCGACAAGCACAUAUUUUCAAGUCGAAAAUCUUCGGUUAAUGGUAAAAGCACGUGAUAUUCGCUCUUUAUUGAUGCAACAAUUCAUUAAAACGAGCAAAGAAUUCGCGACAAGAUCAAUUGCAUCGAAGACAGCACAAUUGGAUAAUAUUUCUGAAGCGGAUACUGCACGAUUAGGAUCUAUCUUACCAUGGGAGGAAUCGAAUCAUCUAUUGGUAGUGUUUCUAACGCAAUUACCUGAUUCUAUUGCGGCAUUUUACAGUGACAUAAAAAAAGUACCAGCCAAUGUUGAAAUUCUUCUAAAAAGUCAACAAGUUGAUGGCCGAAAUUUGGCUUUGGAAGAUUAUCAUAAAAUGAAGCCAGAUGUUUUACUACAAAAAUUGGAAUCUCUUGCUCGGAGAGCACAGCACAAAUUAAAUUUACCAUCAUAUGCUUUAUCGGCAGAUAACUUGUUGAAAAUGGCGCUUAUUCUAUUGAGAGCUCGUGCUCAUAUACCGGUGAUUAUCUGUGGAGAAGCAGGAUGCGGAAAGACAAGCCUUUUACAUUUCUUAUCGAUUGUCAUUGAAGUUCAAUUCGAGGCUUUGAAUUUACACGCAGGAAUACGAGAAGACCAAAUUUAUGCAUUUAUUAAUGAUGCUACUAAAAAAGCGAGAAACGGAGAGCUAUGGUUGUUCUUUGAUGAAAUAAACACUUGCAAUCAUAUUGGACUUCUUGCUGAUCUAAUUGCACACCGAACUCUUAACGGAAAGCUUAUACAUCAUAAUAUUAGAUUAUUUGCAGCAGCAAAUCCGUAUCGAUUACGCUCCAAAGCUCAAAAAAGUGCAGGAUUAACUAAAAGAAAACUACGUUAUGAGGAACAGAGCAAACUAGUAUAUCAAGUACAUCCUCUGCCUGAUCAGCUCUUGGAUUAUGUUUGGGAUUAUGGUAUAUUGAAGCCGGAGGAUGAGUAUAUGUACAUUAAAAUUAUGGUAGAGAGAUCGCUUAGACCGAAUUCUGUUAAAUUUGGUUUCCAUGAUUUAUUAUUUGAAUCACAAGAAUUCAUUCGGAAACAUGAAGAGUCAUAUAGCGUCAGUCUGCGCGACGUUAAGCGUGCUAUUAAAUUAUUCUUAUUCUUCUAUAAGAGCUUUGAUAAAAGGCCAGCACCGAAGAAUCCAAGAAGAUACGGCAAUUAUCCAAACACAAGUCGUUAUCCAAUUAUUGUUCGUUCUUAUUGUCUCGCCUUAGGAUUGUGUUAUCAGGCAAGACUAUGUGAAAAAGAUUUGCGAAAACAAUAUCGAGAAAAAAUGUGUCUAAUAUUUAAAAAGAUGAAGCACAAUAUGAACGAAAAAGAAUUUAGUGAGAUAAUAAAAGAAGAACAAGAAGACUACUAUUAUCGUAUGAUAACUGGACCUUCAAUUGCUGCCAAUUCGGCACUACUUGAAAAUAUUCUCGUGAUGAUAGUGUGCAUUUUAAAUCGUAUUCCAGCAUUUAUUAUCGGUUCUCCCGGAAGCUCCAAAUCGCUAGCUAUACGGCUCAUUAGCCAAAAUCUGCGUGGAUCUGACUCGGAGGAUCCAUAUUUUCAAAAGUUACCAGGGGUAUAUGUUAUUCCCCAUCAAGGCUCCUCAUCGUCGACCUCUGAUGGUAUUCUCAAAGUUUUCGAAAAAGCUCAUAAUUAUCAAAAAACAAGUUCCAAAGAGUUUCCUAUAAAUGCCGUAGUUUUAUUGGAUGAAGUCGGUUUGGCAGAAACCAGUCCAUUUAAUCCACUUAAAGUCUUGCACUCACUUCUCGAGCCAAGCUAUCCAAACAGUGAACCGACAGUUUCCGUUAUUGGUAUUAGCAAUUGGCGGUUGGAUAAUAGUAAAUCCAGUCGGGCACUUCUCGUCCAAAGGCCCAAAUUCGAUAAAGAAGAUUUAUUGGAAACGAGCAAAAGAUUACUUGAGAAUAAAGGAAUUCGCCCUUCUCGACGGUACUACGAGCUUUUAGCUGACGCUUAUUUGAAUUACGAGAAUCACGAGAAUAAUCAAGUGCCUUUAAAUUUUCAUGGAUUACGAGACUAUUACUCAUUAGUAAAGAGCUUAAGCGGUGAUUUGACGGCUGAUUUAUUACAAGAAGCACUAGUUCGUAAUUUUGGAGGCACCGAGCAAACCCAGCAAUUGUGCCAAAGAUACUUUGGUCAAGUUUUAAAUAUUCUUAAUGGCUCACAACAUGAUUACCAGCCAAUUCCAGUGGAGAAGUUAAUUAGCGCGAAUCUGGAUGAUAAGGAUGCACGGCAUCUAAUGGUGAUAGGUAAAAGUGACUCCGUAAUGGAUAUUCUAACAUACCAAUUGCGUCAGAAAAAUUUGGAUCCAGUGGUUAUUUGUGGCUCGCCGUUCUCGGAUGAUCAGGAAGAUUAUUCGUAUGCUGUGUUAAGGCGUAUUAUGAUGUGUGUUGAAACUGGUCGGACCUUGAUUUUAACUGAUUUGGAAAUAAUUUAUGGGAGUCUAUACGAUUUGUGGAAUCAGAAUUAUAUAACUGGUAUGGCCGGUACUCAGGAUGAUCCAAAGCACUUCACCCGAGUUGCGUUAGGCGCCUAUUCGAAUCCAAUGUGUUUUGUCCAUGAAGAUUUUCGUUGUAUUCUAAUAAUGGACGAGAAGGAUGUGAAAAUGGCAGACCCUCCUCUUCUCAAUCGAUUCGAGAAACAAAGAAUGUGUAUCAACGACACAUUAGAUGAUCAUAAAAAGAAUCUUGUACAGCGUCUUUCAACAUGGGUUCAUCAAAUUUCAACAUUGGUGGAGAUAGAGGCCAUGAAUGCUCAGAUGGACUUUUCACAAAAAGACAUGUUCAUUGGGUUUAAUGAUGAGGAGACAGUGCAAAGUUUGGUCAUUGAUAAAUGCCAGAAAAAUCCAAAUCUAGAUGAGGAAAUAAUAAUUAAAGAGUGUAAAGAAGCGCUUAUCUCCAUUGCAUCUUCUGAUGGUAUUGUACGAUCUGAGAGGUCUGCUUUGGCUAGCACAGAUCGUAAUGAGGUUGCAAAAUGGAAAAACUUUUAUUUCUUCAAUCAACGACAUAUUAAUAUUUACGCCUAUUUCGAAGAUUUACUAAAAGUUGAUAACACCGGAAGAAAGAGCCAUCAAGUGAUUAUAAAUACAUUCUCCAACAUCAACACCGAUGUAAGCUCAAUAUUACAAGAUUUAGUGACAUGUCAAGUCGACAAACUAUCUACCUUCAAGACAGAAGCUCAACUACAAAACCGUGUAAAACAAUUCUGGCUUGAAUCUGAUUCGCAUUUGUUGGUUUUGCAAUGUGACGUGUCAACCGUAAAAGCCAGGUGCAUCAAAUUGGCGAAAUUUAUUAUUGAACAAUUUCGAUCAGAAUAUUUAGCUCGCGUCAAGCAGCCAAACAAACAUGCCUGUAUCAUUCUUCACACUCAACGUAAAAAUGAGCUUAUCAAUUCUUGUUCAUUCAAUUUUAUGUGUGGCUGGGAACAAAUCACUAUCGAACUACUUAUUCCACAAGAGAAAGAGUUGUCUAGCUUGCUAACCGGUGAUCUUGUGACUAUAAUCGAAUCAUCAUAUCCAUUUAAAGAUAUCUUGCAACGAGAGCUGUUGUGGUGCUUAUCAUGUAAUAAAUAUCCUUCUACACCAAAAUCAGUGGUCCAUCUAAAAUAUCUGCUCCAAGAAAUACCAAAUCAUCCGAAGUUUAUAAAUAUCGUAGAAGAAAAAGUGCGACAAUAUUUAUUGGAACAUGAUUCAAAUAAUUGGCAACUGCAAGUAGCCUCGAACAAAAAAUCUCUGUAUUUAUACUCUUCGUUCUUGGCGGCUCUCCAAUCAUAUAUCCGAGAAUUUAUUCGAAAACCAAUUGCCCAAAUAUUGUGUAUUCUGGAGCGAUAUUCCGCCAUACAAACAUUCUUUGAAAUCGAUAGCACAUCGGAAGAAAACAAUUUGCUCGAAUUCUGGUCCGAAAUGUUUAAAGACAAAAAAGCAGUAAAUAUUGAGGAACUGCAAGAACAAGAACCGAAACCGGAUCUCUUCAGAAUGCCAAAUGUUCAACACAGAUUACAAUUCCCAUUUUCCUUGUAUUUUUUCGACCAUAUUAAUAGUUUCAAGAAAUUAUAUCAAGAGGAGGAGUCACAAUUAUUGGAGGAUGAUGAGAAUCUCGAUGAUGAUGGCAGACUUUUAAAACAUAUUAGUGAUGAUAUUCAAAAUAAAUUUGCAAAAAAUAUUUUCAUGGCAAUACCUUCACUUCAUUCACCUCUCAUAAAUCAAUCUAUGAGAUUAUACUAUAAUGAUUUUAUUACGAUUCUCUCAUCCAAGAUAAUUGGCAACCACACCGAGAAACUGUUAUCCUAUCUUAUAAGAUCUGAACUUUCCGAGAGCGACAUCAAUAAUCCCGCUAAACUUCAUAUCUUAUGGUGGAAUAACGCAGAUUCUAUUGUGACUAAAUUGAAUUUGGUAAAACUUUGUCCAAAAGUGUUAGAAAUGAUGCUAUCAAACGAAUAUUACGUGGAAACUGCGGUUGAUCAAGAAAAUAAAACCAAGAAAGAUAAAGGCAAGGGUAAACAUGUUGAAAUCCAACGAGACGAUAACAAUGACAUCAAUAAUGGAAAUUUCGAAGACUAUCUUCUGCGGCAAAUAAUAAAUAUGAUGCUGGAAGAAUUCACAAACAUUGCUAAAGAGGGAGGAGGGCAGAAUGGAAACCCGAAAAAUUACAGAGCACAAAGGCAAAUACAACACUGGCAACGUCUCGUUAAUUUAGUGCUUCCUCUUUGCUCGAAACUUUCGAUAUCUUCAGCGAAUAUGCAACUAUAUAACUUAUUGCGCAUCUGUAAUGAUCUAGUUUCCACAAAAUCGAUUCCUCUUGAUGAAAUUAGAAAAAUUAUCCAAAUUCCCCCAGCUAAUCUUGAUAGUGAAAUUUUGUCAAUUGAAACAAUCAACAUUGUAUUGGGAGCAUUAGAUAAAUUAGGAACGGAAGAGUUACUUUUGACUUCGCGGCAAUCUUUCCUUACGCGCUGCCUGGAUAUCAUUGGACCUAAUUCACCAACCCGUGAACAUCUUUACGAAAAAAUAUUCUCUCGGGAGCCAUUCCUCUUUAUGGAAUCAAUAAUUUUGCGCAUAUUCCGAGCUGAAGACGAAGAACAAAAAAAUCUGUUUUUCAAAAUUAUUGAAACUCCCAAAGAGGCUUUAAGAAUGUCACGCAAAUUACAAGUAAUUAAUAACUGCUUCAAAAGAAACACCAUUGAUUCACACAUGGGGGCACUUUGUGUAGAUAUAAUACAAAAAAAAUUUUUCGACUCGCUUAAAUUUAAAGAUUUGGCUCCGAGCUUCCACUCGGCCAUCGAAACAUUACUCUUUUCCAACAAUUCAGAGCCAUUACAAUUAUUGUCAUCAAUUGCAUACUUUAAAGCAUUCGUUCAAGCGUUUUGGAAAUCAGUAGAUUCUCUCGAUGGUAGUUCAUUGACUCAAGAAAUCCAAUUCAAUUUCAUGGAUACUGACAAUUUAAUUGAAGAUAUAAAUGAUUCAUUACGUCUUGAGAAUAAUUUGGUGCAUUCUUUAAGAGUCUACUUUUUAAAGGAAUUGCGAUCUCUUGAAUUUUCGAUUGAACAAAUAAAAAAAUUUGCUCAAGUCCAACGAAAUCUGUUGCCAUGGAUGGCAGAUCUUUCUUGGGAUAGCGAUACCAAUCGUAGCAAACUUCCUAUUAAUCCGUAUUGGAUAAUAGAAGAGUACACCGAAGCAGAAAAUGCAUAUGACUAUUCCUAUUCGCGUCUAAACAAUAGUCAAUUUGAUGCCUUCCUUAAAGAUACUUUGCAAAAUAAUGCUGUUAAUCAACGCAUUGCCUUAAUUGGCCUGAUUUUCGCGAGAUUACAUUCAUCUCGAAUUGCUGCUCAAGAAUUUAAUCAUGGUGAAAGACGAAUAUAUGAAUUUUUACGUAAUCAAAUACAACGAAUGAAUCUUUCUACUAUCUAUAAGCAGAUUGUCAUGGCAUUGCUCGAGAAUACACAUCCUCUUGUUCGACUAAGUCAGCAAACUAGUAAUUCCCAAUUACUUUUAAUUUCUGUGAUUACGCAUCUUAUCGCUGUUAAUGCAUCAUUCCCGUCGGAACAUUCUCCAUUGAGCUUAUAUAUGCAUCGAUUACAAGCUUGUCGAAAUGCAUUCAUUUUGACAUGCCCUCCUAAUAUGGAUUCCGUGAUUGUGAAUGCUCUCUAUGAAAGAAACAGACAAGAGGGAAUACAAGAGAGAUUUACGCGAUAUCAAUGUGAUUGUGGUGCUAUGUAUUUGGUAGGAGAAUGUGGAUUGCCGAUGAGUUCGUCAACAUGUCCUACGUGCGCAGAGCAUGUUAUAGCUCAAGGACAAAGGAGGCUAGAUGCAAAUCCAAUAGCGCAAAAUUUACAGGAAGACCAAACUGGAUAUAUUGUGGAAACUAGCAAUCGUGACUUAUACCAAAGUGUACGCUCCAUGACUCCAGCAUCAUAUCGAAUCUUACAUUUAUUUAUUCAUGCGAUCUUUGGAAUCUCGUCUGUUGCGAAUAAUUUCAUUGGUAACGUUGAAGACCCGAUUAAACACUGCCUGGAUCAUAUUAACAAUGACUGGAAUGUUCUAUUACAACUCUUCAAUUGCACUGACGAAACAUUGGCUUUGUUACUCCAUGCUAUUAUUUUCGAAAUGGUCAAAGAGCCAAAACAAAAUCCAGUUACGCUUAACACAACAAAUGAAAGAGAUCAAUGGGAAAAAUUUUUCACAGAACGUUUUGUGACCCCAUUAGUAAAAAAUGUUAAUGGAACAGCCGUUGACCUUCGCGUAAAAAUAGACGCAGUAGAACAUGGAAGUAUUUUCGAAAAAGAAAUUAACGAAACCAUGAAAAUCGAUGAACUAUAUAGUCAAGAAUAUUUGCCAAGACUUUGGCGAAGGAUUGGCGAUGCAACACUUAAUAACCUACGCGCAUAUUUUGCCUCGGAACCACAAAACGUUAUAAAGUUCCCAUUCCUCGAUGUAUUUUUCAAGCACGAACAAAAAUUGAAUUUGAUACAGAAUAUUAGACCUAUUGUUAAAUUUGUGCAAACCUUAUCAAAGAGUUUAGGUCAUCGUAUAACUCGAAAACAAGCUCAGCAUUUAACUUUUCGAGAAUUUAUUGAAGACCAAAUCGCGGCUUCAGAUGAUAAGGAAUCUAGCUAUUGGGAAAAUACACUUUAUGAAUUUGUAAAUGCGUGGAACUCUGUAAUCGAUCAGGUCGAACGUUUCCAAUGCCACAAGUUAGUGGCGAAACCCACUUUGAAUGAUAAUAUGGCAGUUGUACUUGGUUUGAUAGAGCCUAAAGGGGAAUCAAUCUACCUUUGUGCUGUAUUAGAUUUUUUGAUUAGUCUACAAAAUGAAUUUUUGCAAGAAGUGGUUGCGAUUUCACCUCAAAAUUGUCGCUCCUUACGUUUUUUAGAGCAAGAAGGAAGCAAUGAAAUUGACACGGAUAUGCCUGCUGCUGCAACACAGGCCGCACAUCCCCCGCAAAACGUUCAGUAUUACCUUAGAACAAUGCGACUUGAAAACGUUCGUCCAUCAAAUAUAAUCAAUUAUGAAUGGAAUGACAAGAUACUGACAUUUAGUCAAAGAAACCUCGAAGUAGGUCAUGGAGAAGAGAUUGAAUACGAUUUAUACAAAAUAGAAAUUGAAUUGGCACGUAUAUUGACAUUUGACAAAGUUUACAUCGAAGCUAUUCAAGAUAAUAUAUAUCUGGAAAAAUUCCCCUAUCAUAUGGAAUUAUUCCAUGGAUCAAUGACGUUAAUAGACGAAGUAAAGAAAGCAAUACCUCAAGAACCAAUUCCACAUGAAAAACUGUUGAUGUUACACAAUAAUUCUGCAGCAGCAGCAUCAUCACGCACUUCUCAACGAAUUAAACAAGCGAAUUCAUUAUCAUUAGAAAAUGCAUCGGAGCUUCUUUCUUCGCUGGAAAUUCUACUAUGCUUUGUGAAACGUAAUGCUCUUGGGGAUGGUGACAUGGCUAUCAAGGAUUACAUUCAACAGUGGAUGAAUUCAUCUUCAAUCACCACGAACAAAGAGCUGCGUCAAAUCUUACAAGCGGGACUACAACUAAAGCAUAUUAUCGCUUUAUACGAGCUAAUUGAAGAUAAAGUUGCCGAUGUAAUCGUUGAAUGUAUCGAUAACAAAUAUAAAUCAGAAUUACCAACAGGCGUUGAGGCCAACAUUUUGGAAAUAGUGGAAUUCGAAUCCAUGACGCAAUCAUCGAAUCUACGAUUCAAAAAUCGAUUGCCAGCUGAAAUAUUCGUUUCUGCAUUGAAACGAUUCAUGUUACGAUAUCUUUCUGGCGAAGUUAUUUUACCAAAAGUUCAGGUUUCACUUUAUCUGUGUGAUGAAUCUCUUAAUUGUUGGCCAUCUAAAUAUACUGAGGAAAUGUUGAACGAGAUAUUUCCGGAUUCAUUCCUUGUUGAACAUACUUAUGAAGCUUAUCAAUUGAUUAAAAAGAGAUUAGAGAUUGAAGCGGCGAAACAGCAAGCGAGGGAGAAUAAGAUGAAUACAGUAGUAAGACGUCCUCAUGAUAAUGAUCGUGGUGCAUCUGGAAAAUCUAAACGGGCAAAGAGAGAUGCUAACAAAUUUGAUGUCAUGUAA